UCUUCGAUUUCCAACCGAUAUUCUCGUUUAUCAGUCAUCAAAAUUUCUACGGCGGGGAAUGAUAACGUGAUAAUUGCUAUUUGAUUAUUGGCCGUAUUCUGAGCACACAACACAAUUCAAUUGAGGUUAGUGUCUGAGUAAUAGUUUUUUAGGAGUUUGUGACAAAGGUAAGAAAACUUACGCAAGUUCCAAAUGAGGAUAUGGCUAAUAAGUUUAGUGAACGAUCCAAACAGUGAUAAUUUUUACUUAAUGAAAUAGGGGACAAGUAUUUGUAGCAUAUUAAAGUUAAUUUAACAGCCUCCGGUUCAAUAGACGUGGUUUACCACGAAAUUAAAUAUGAUUGACUCAGCCAUCGAAAUUAGAACUCUAAAGUAUUGAAGCGACACAAUCAGACGACUCGUCGUUCCCAGUACCAUAUUUUCCGACUUCUAUUAAGCGGAGUCAUCUUGUACAAAUUUGCCGACUAAGAACAUUGGUACAGGAUACACAUGCUUCGACACGACCUUGCUGUUGUAUUUUGGUUUCGCGUUCAAUGUUAGGGUGAAAUUAGAAAUCGGAUUAGUUUAGAACAGGAUUUGUUUAUUCGUGGUAUUCUGGUAUGAAGAUGUACUGUGCUAUUGUUGAGUUCGAAAUGUGGGCAUUUUGACAUCAAGGUGAUGGUUGUGUAUUCAAGGUGAAUGAUUGUGUAUUAAAACCGGGUAAUGAGGUGACAUAAGAUAUCCACACUGGUACAAAAAAGAAUAAUUAAACAAGUGUUUAAUAUCUUGAUUGUAGUUCAGUUGUUAACUGAAACAAAAAUGGUUUACCACCAAUGGUUAUCUGUACAUAUUUACACAGCCUUUUAUGCCCUUGUGCCUAUUUCUUGUUAUUUCAUUUAUAACAACGUCAUAAGCCAAAAUAUAUUGGUAAAAUCGCCUUCCGAGAACCAUUAGAACGUGUUCUGCAAACCAAUCUUGCCUGAUAGCAAUUUAAGUUGUUUCGAACGGACGCGAUUGGUACGUUCUGGUUAAUUAAAUUUUUCUAUUGAAAAAAAGGGUACUCCUGAAGUAUGCGCACCAAGAUGCCGCACAACCUGAACCCUAACCUGGUACACAACCUGAGUUCAGUUUGUGCUCCAUCUUGUUGCACAUACCUCAGGAGGUCCUGUCCAUGAUUGCCCUUUUCAGUUUGGAUGAAAUUAAACGGGAUUCAGCCUUUUCGUAUACUAUUACAUACUAUUAAUAAGUUAAGUAAAAAUUACUAAUAUUCGCUAAAGCAGCACAUCAUAUCAGUGUUUAAAUUUCUUGGUUAUUUUACAAAUGGGAAACUUUAUUGCCUGAUUUAAAUAUUGUUGAUUAUCCAAACUGUGCAAUUCAGUUUAAUUACUUGGCUGGUUAGUCGUACCGCCCGUAAUGAUUUGUUUCGUCUUCUGUGAGUAUUUAAUUUAGCUGACUCUGUAUUGGGAAGUCUAAUCAUUCUGUGAAUCUGCUUUUGUCUUAUCUAAAUCGCGUUCAAAUUCAAACCAAACUACUGAAACGUCCUACUCCUGCCACCUUGCUAAACUCAAUCUUUAUUAUUCAUCACUGAAUCUCGGACAAACCUUAGAUUGGACUGGCAAAAGUGUAAUCAUCAUCUAGUCCUAAGGGCAGCAAUUAUGCCGCAGGGAAUUUUAAUUAUUACAUUUGCGCUCUGUCGGAGUGACGACAGUUUGAGAAUAUAUCCUCGGCGAAAUGCAAUAUUGGCCUACCUUCCGCUUAAUAUAAUUAUGUAAAUCGUACACUUUAUUUUUUUUAUCCAUUGCACUCACAGGAGCUAGUCAGGUAUCGUGCUGUAAACGUGUAAAGGACGAUCUCACAUAUUUGGGUUCGGGGUAUAUAUAUUCUCUGCAACUGUGGGGAAUCAAAAGUAUGAGCAAUUGAAAUUCGACUGCAGUAAAUGUACUAGUCGUCGUACGUAAAGCUAGGCAUCAUGUUAGAUGCCCAUUGAUGUGAUAUUUUCCAUAUUUAUUCCUAUAUGUGAGUGUGGCGAAGUAUAUAUUUGGGCGAAACUAAAGGUAGCUUUGAGGCAAGAAGUCUAGAACAUAAGGUUGUAAGGAGCAAAGACAAUAGGAUAAAGCGGCAUUGUCUGAACAUGCACUCAUAAAAAGUUGAAUUGUAGGAUUGAAUGAUGACAGCAUAUUAGUAUGAAAAGACGGGUAUUCGACACAAUGUAGAUCUAUGGAAUCUUUUUUAUUAUAUUGUUGGUAUUCUUCUUUUUGUUACCGUAUGAUAAAAAUAGCUUCUCUCAUUAAUUACACUAUCAAUUACUUUGAAAUUUUCAGUGGUUAUCGAUUGGAUUUUUUCGCUAGAAGGCUAUUACUUCCAUCAAAACUUUCUGUGAGUUCUAUGUGAUUCGUUUUUUACUGCGAAAUUUUGUGUGAUGACCUAUUGCAAAUUGCUACAAAUUAUUUGUAGCGUUUCUCCGACCUCUCUCGUGGACGAGGUAGGCCUACUUUAUUGCUACACGAAAGUCGGAAGUUUUUUUAUGUUACCGUACCGGUACUGUAUAAGGUAAGGUAGACAAGUGCUUCGUUUUGGUCUUCGUGACCGUAUAUUUGAGUAUCGAUCUCUUGUUUUGGGAGUCAUUCCACAUUCACAAAAAUGUGCGAUGGAAGACAAGCUGCACGUUUCUUGGAGCGUAAUUGUCUGUUAGAUAAGAAAAAUGAGUUUAUUUCUUCUUCUUAUUUCUAGUGAUUAAAUGGCAUUGUUUAAACUAACGCUUAUCUUCGUCUAGAUUACACUGCUUCAGCUUCCCCGUGGUGAAUGUUAUCUUCGAUGUUCUAGUCUUGGUUUAAAUAGAUUUUGUUGAUAAGAAUAGUUCUAUACAGUUACAUAUAUAUAUAUAGUGACUUUUUCUAUCAAUUGCCUUGAAGGAAGUGCGUCCAAAACGCAUUGCUUUCAACUUGAGCACACUUUACGUGUAUCACUAUAAAAAAGCCUGGAACCAAAUGCUUUCUAUCAGAUUUGAUUAUUACUUUACUUCGGGAGUGUUUUUUCAGAGGGAAUUAUCGUUACCUGUGAUUUAUUACUGUAGUUAGUUUUUUUUUGUAAGGUCGCGCACUUACCAACGUCAUGUCGCGUUUAUGUCCGUGUAUAAAAAUUGCUCAUAGUGUUUUUUCAGAAAGAAUUAUCGUUACCUGUGCUUUAUUACGGUUGUUAGUUUUUUUGUAAGGUCGCGCACUUACCAACGCUAAGUCGCGUUUAUGGCCGUGUAUAAAAAUUGCUCAUCCGGUAUUAAUUCUUCCUUUUUUUGAAAAACUUCAUAAUUUUGAUCCGGAUCGAAUUUUACCGAUAAUUAACAUAGGUUAUUUGUUGAACCCAUAUUAUAUAAACGUCAAUUUAUUUAUUCGGUGUUUAACGUCAUAUGAGUAAAUCAGUUAUUACACCUGUUGCCAGCGGUUAUUCAUUGCAGCUUGCUGUUUUUACUACAAAUCAGCUGUUCGUUUUCAACUUUUUUAACUUCGAAAGUUAUCAUGUUAGGUAGUUUUUACGCGAAAUUGGAGCUUCGAUAGUAAGCGCAGGUGUAUAUAGCAGCAAAAUUAUAGCUACGCUCGCGGAUUUAGCUACGUUCAUCUUCAGGGCGAUGGAAUAAGAUUGUAUUUCAACAAUAUAUUGGCAUUUUAGUGAGAACAGAACGUUGGCAAAGUUUUAUCAUUAAAAAUUGGAUUAUGUGUCGAUUUUAAGUUUAAAGUUGAUGUUAAUUACAGCACGAUGUUAAUUACAGCGAUUAAAAAAAUAAUUAUACUUAAUUUACCACGUGAUGGUUUCUGGCAGGAUACAACUUUUGUUCAUAUGGUCAACUCUUACAACGUCGGUAAAAACUAAAUGUUACGUCGUGCAGUGGAAUAUUUUUCUUACAUUUAUUCUUAUUACAUUUAUAAUUAUUGUAUAUUAGAAAAUAUCGUUUCUUUGAAUAGUGUAUUGUAAGGGAUGUAUCCUGCACUGCAAUUAAAUGGUCGCAAAUCAGACGAUGUGAAUUGUUCACAAGAGAAACUUUAUCUAACUUCAAGAUCAACACACACAAAGUAUCAAAAAUAUCUUGACCAGACAGAACGUCAUGGUUAUCCAGGAAACCAAAAUUUGAUGUUCUCCUCAACAAUUUCUUCUAAUAACCCGAAGAAAUGCAGUAUACCAAACGUUCUAACCGACAACCAACACAGCGGAGUUACAGAAUUCAUGAACUGCCCAAGUUCACCGUUGCACGAGUAUGUUGCUGGUAACUGCAGCAGAAAAGGGAAUCUAUCACAUGAAACAAUUACAAUGUCGAGCAAUAAGUCUGAUCGAACUGCACUAAUAAAUAAAAGGCCAAAGACCGCGCAAUCGCAUGGCAGCGGUACUUUACCAGUGCCGGGGCAUCAACGAAUAUAUUAUCAUCAUAUGUUACCUACGUUAGCUGGAUCAAAUACAUCAACCAAGACUUAUUCAAAUUAUCGCCAAGAGCCCAAUCACACAUCUGGACAGCAAUACCGUGAACCGUUGGCAGGCACUUAUUCGCAAGUAAUGAGUAACCAGCAACAGCCUUCAUUUUCCUAUUUACCAAUUAUAGCCAAUCACAUUACAAACAACAAGCAGCAGACACAACCAGUCUACCGUAGCAAACGAAUUCAGACUUCAAAUUUUGAGCCAAAUUUCUCACGGCAGACUCCAAUUCCUCCACGUGUGAAUAAUAAAAUUUCAAAUGAGCAACCAAAGCCUACAUUACUCAAUUAUGGAAAUUCACAAAUCAAGUGUACUCAAACUAAGGGUCCCUCUGUAUUUCCAAUUAGGACCAAUUACAUUCCAAAUGAGCAAUUACAGCCAUCCGAGCGCAAUAUCAAACAUGCUGGCUAUAAGACACAAAAUUUGUCUCUUAAUACGCAAUAUUUCCGUCAAGCUCCUGUUUGCCAGUCAAUAAGAAUCAAUCAGAUGCCAAGAGAGCGAUCAAUACCUCUGGAAAACAGUAAUUGGGUACUCUCUCCACGCGAGGCUCAAUAUUCUAGUUUUAAUCAAGAAUGUUUGAAUGUAACAAACACGGGCAUCGCUAUAAAAAAUCCAAUUUUGUUUGCAAAUCUGCAGUCUCGCACUACAUGUAAAUCAUUGAACAAAGAAGUUCAACGACAGUGCGAUGGACCUCCAAACAAACGUUUGAGGAAAGAUGUUCAAGUUAAAGCCACGUCUGGCGCCUCAUCGGAAAACUCGCCUGUUCAACAAAAAACAAGUUCCUCCCCAAACAAACCAGGCAUAAGCACCGAUCUAUGGGAUUUAAUAAAGUCACCUCGAAGGCCUCGCGACUUGAAUGAUGACGAAGACAUUUCAACGUUUUGGGUUGUGGAUCCUGAUAUAUGGGAAGCGGAACAACGCCAACGUAAUCGUUUGUUUGGUGAUGUUGUUGUGCAAACUUCUAUAUCUGAGAAUAGGCAUUCCAAGCAUGUAUGCAAUAAGGAUAAAGGUGGAGACGGUACUUCCUUGCGUUCAGCUCUAGACUCAAGAACUGAAGCGACAACAAACUCUAAUCCUUUAGCACCAGUCGAGAGCAAACAUUGCGUAAAAAAUUUAAUCGCCAAAUCUCCAUCUGACAUUUCAAUGCAAAACUUGCAUCCUCAACCAAAGGAUUCCAAUUUAAGUGGAACAGAUUCAAAUUUGUGUCAAAUGACGUCACCACAAGAUUCUCUUCAUUUUAACGAUGACGACGUGCCAACUUUUUGGAUUGUGGAUAACGAUACUUGGGAACAGGAACAACAACAGCAACGAAAGGUUUCGGUAAAAAAUGUUAUCGCGGAAACACGUUUGAGUUCCCCAAAUCGAUGUACUAGAGACGAGAGACAAAACAGCUCUUUUGAGAAUGUCAGUUCUUCUUUACAAACUGUAAAAUCCCAAGCAACCGGAGCAAUAUCUGUUACGUCGGGGCCAAUUGGGAACAAAUCAUUAACAAUCAAUUCCAAGAAUGAAUUCAAUUACAAAUGCUGUAAGCACAAAAACAGUUCCGCACGGUCGCUGUUCUCUAAUUCAAAUGCGAGCGGAUUCUCUCCUGAACCCGGGAAAGACGAAAGAAUGGGCGGUGUGGAAGAAAGCGUUGAUUCCGAUUGUGAACAAAUGCCCGUGAUUAUUUCUUGCUAUUCCCUUAGUAACAGAAACGAAUCAGAAAAAUUUGUUCACGAUGAAUUGCAUAGCAAAUCUAUCACCGACAAAAAUACAGAAAAAGUUUUAAAAGACGAAGAAGCGGUCUUUUGUGGAGAAAAAUAUUUUGAUAUUUAUACCUUGCAAACUCUGUGUUGUAUUGCUCUACAAAAUCUUGAAUGUUUCCGCGGAAUUAAUCGGACAAGGAAAGAAAAAGAACAAAGAGAAACUGCACUCACGCCGAAUACUAAUGCUUUACCUGCAUCCAUCUUUCAGGAGCCAGAAAAAAUAUGUGGUCAGGAAGAAUUAACAUUCACCUCCAAAAUGUUUCCGCUCGAAAAUAAAUCGAUUAUUCAAUAUAACGAUUCGAAGCUGAUCACGGAAAUGCUUUCAAAUGAUAAAUUGGUUCGAGAAAUAGUACCAGAAACAACUUUUCCCCAAAGUAGUUUUGAUUUGGACCGUAAGUUUUCUAGCGAUUCUGUAGGAAGUGGAAAUUCUUUUUGUAGCAAUGCGUCUACUAUUUCGAUACUCUCAAUUAUGGAAUUCGAUACAGAGUAUGGGGACAGAAAUAUGGAUCAGAGGUCAAAGGGAGAUAUAAAAUCAUACCCGAAAUGUCCUCAUGUAGAAGUUUCUCCAGUGACAAUUGAUGAGCGAAAGAAAACAAAUCCUGAAGUACUGAUUUCCAGAGAAAGAAAUUUGUUUGAUGAUAUUAGUUUUUCCAACGAUUUAUCUAAACAAUAUUCAGAUGAAAUUUAUAAUCCGGAUAGCGACAAACGAACUGAAUCAGAUUUAAAGUUUGCACCUUCAACUAAAUGUGAUUCAGCCAAAUCUGAUUCAUCUUCCCGAGCCAAGCAGGUCUUACCGAAACGAAAGGUAGUUGUUAAAUUUAAUACGAAACGUAAAACGUCGGCACUCAAUGAAAAAUCCAAACACGCCGAUACGCCUAAGCCGCCGUUCAUAUCGAGGAAUCAACAUGCUUCACAAAAUAUGUAUAAUUAUGAUGUAGAUGAUGAAGAUAGCCGCCAAAAUGUCCUCAAAUCUGACAAUUCUCACCACUCCCCUCCGCCACUUUUAUACUAUCCUGCUAAUGAAUCAUACAACACUCCGGAUUUGACUUUUUGUGAAAGCGGAUGUAAGAAAGAGAUGUUAAAAUGUGCCGUUAGCCCUGCAACAAAAUCUUCAACAUCAACCGUCUUAAAUAUGCCAGCAAAAAGACAAAUUGAAGAACGCAACGGGGUUAUUUCUAAACCUUGCCUCACAAAUAAAGUAUGCAAUGAGAGACGUGCCACCCAAACUACAUCGUCGUCAGCUGCCCAGCAUGAUGAGAUUUUUGUAAUGCAACAUCCUAUUAACGCAGAAAUAGACUCUUGUACAUUGCCAAGAACUUGUGGUGGUUCACAGACAUACUUAUCAACGUCACCAGAAGAUUCGACUUUCGAAAGGAAUGAACCAAAACGGGACGGGCCAGAAAAUGGGGAAAUUGUUUUGAAAAAAUGUUUUGUCAAACUACAAAGGAUUGAUGAUAUAUUUUAGUGGCUUGACCUUGUUUUAUCCACUUUAUUUUCAAUGUGAAAUAAAAGUAUUGUUGCUUCGUUGGAACAAAG